AUGGAGAAAGAACAUUCAAAUACGGAUAAUGCCCUAAAUAGUGAGGUGAUACUAGAGAAGUCAACAAAAGCUGCUACGUUCCUUAUGAUGGGACAAUUGUUCACAAAAAUAGUAACGUUUUUGUUGAAUAAUUUACUUGUAAGAUACUUAUCGCCAAGAAUAUUUGGUAUUACAGCUUUCCUGGAAUUUUUAUUAGGAACUGUUCUGUUCUUUAGUAGAGAGGCAAUUAGGAUAUCUACACUUAGAAUUAAGGACAACAAUGGAGAAAUGACUUUGGACGUGAAGAAACAAAAAAAUUCUCCAAAUAAUACGUUACAAAUCGCUGUAAAUUUUGCAAUGGUCCCACUCAUGAUCGGGAUUCCAUUGUCAAUCGUGUUGACUACAUGGCAAUAUAAUAACGUUAAUUCAUUUUUUGUUUCGUUACCUUAUUUCACAACUUCGAUUUUUUUAAUCUGGAUCAGUAUUCUAAUCGAGCUACUUAGUGAGCCUUUUUAUGUGGUUAAUCAAUUCAUGUUGAACUUUGGUACAAGAUCGAAAUUUGAAACUAUCUCUACUACUGUUGGUUGUGUAGUUAAUUUCAUUGUUGUGUACGGUUUAGAAAAUAAUUGGUAUAAAAUAAACAUUUUGGCUGAAGAUUUGGAAGUCAGUAAAGAGGGUAUUGCCAUCUUAGCCUUUUCAUUGGGAAAAUUAACACAUUCUGUUGCAUUACUAUUAUGUUAUUACAUUGACUAUUUAAUUAAUUUCAAGCCAAAAAAUCUAUUCAAUGUUAGAUUAAAAAAAAUAUCACAGUCACCUGGUAAGAAACCAUAUUAUUUCCAAGUAGAUAUUUUAGAACAUUUCAAGAAAGUUUAUUUCCAAAUGUGUUUCAAACAUUUAUUGACUGAAGGUGAUAAACUAAUUAUCAAUUCCAUGUGUACAGUAGAAGAACAAGGUAUAUACUCUCUGCUUUCCAAUUAUGGUUCUCUGGUGACUAGAUUAUUGUUUUCGCCAAUUGAGGAAUCUUUGCGUCUAUUUUUGGCACGUCUAUUGACUAACACUAGAACAUCAAAGAAUUUAAGACUCUCCAUGGAAGUUUUAGUUAAUUUAACUAAAUUCUAUUUAUACUUGUCGCUAUUGAUCAUUAUUUUUGGGCCAGUAAAUUCAUCAUUUUUAUUACAAUUUUUAAUUGGUAAAAAAUGGUCCACUACCAUUUUAAUGGAUACUAUGAGGGUAUACUGUUUUUAUAUCCCAUUUUUAGCUAUCAAUGGUAUAUUCGAAGGUUUUUUCCAAAGUACAGCUAAUGGUGAUCAAAUUUUAAGACAAUCUUACGUGAUGAUGGUCUAUUCUGGUAUAUUUUUCUUCAAUUGCUGGUUGCUAAUUUCAUUUUUAGACCUCUCAAUUUCAGGAUUGAUUUUAAGUAACAUAAUCAAUAUGAUUCUACGUAUAUCAUAUUGUGGAUGGUUUAUCCAUAAGUUUUACAAAGAAUUAUACACUGAAUCUUCAUCAUUUUUAUUCAAUUUUAGGAACUUUGGAACAAUCUUGACAUCCGGUUUGCUCAUAAGUGUCGUGAAUUGGUGGAUUAUUGGAUACGUUAGAAACUUCAAACAACUAGCAAUCAAUAUAACACUUGCAUUGGUCUUAUUAGGUAUAAUUUUAUUCAAAGAAAGACGAGCCAUUCAACAACUAAUGGGCAGAAAUAAACGUUCGGAGGCAAAACUUAUAUAA